CCAUUUAAUAUUUCCAAAUCGCCGCUCACCCCUCUCUCUCUCUCUCUCUCUCUCCUCCUGUCGCUUUCUCUCUCUAAGAGACCUCCUUCAAGUUUUUCGUUGCCCGCUUUGACAUCUCCCCUUCUUCCUCCCCUCUCUCUCUCUCUCUCUCUGUUCCUCUCUCUUCCCCUGUAGCUUUCUUGCCCGGCUGGUUAGGGUUUCCCCCUUUCUCUGCUUUGGAAAUCGAAGGCGAGGGAGCUCGGAAGGUACGGGUGAAGCUCGAGAUGCCUCGGUGUCGAGCUCUGUCGACGGGCCUGGUCUUUUCCUUCGAGGCUCUUCCCCUGCCGGAUUCGCAGAUUCGGGACAAAUCUGGGCUUCCCAGCAGCGAAGUUUGUUGAGCGUCAGAUCUCUGGUGGUCUCGGUGGCGAGUUGUGGACAAUAAGGAGCUCUAUCUGGGAUGCAAUGAUGGCCUCAUUCUGAUGGAACCCUCUCCGCUGGGAUAUGAUUCCCCAAUCCGUGCGCUUUUUAUGCUUUCGAAGCAGAUGGGCUGAAGGGUCUGAUUUUUAAGUUAGGAAGAUGGCUAUUGCAGGUCUGCACAAUGUUUCGGUGCUCGAUUCUUCUUUCCUCAGAGAUUCUCAAUCUUCGGCAUCUAGAGGACGGGUUGACCAUGGGAUGCCGGGCACUCGGGCGUCCUCCACCCUGCAAAUGUGGCGGGAGCUUGAGGAUGAACAUGCGGUGAGCCGUCAAGAGAGAAUUGGCGAAGGAUUGAUCCAUGAAGCGAGUGACGUUUCGACUAAUGAUCUCUCAAGUAUCAACAGUUUUGAGAGUCACUGUGAAGAAGGUGAGAUUGAUGUGGUUGAGAAUGGGAAUGAGUCUGGAACAUGGUCUGACAGUCAGGCUGCGUCGCAAAAUGAGGCUUUGGAAAACAACAAUCUCAGCCAGGAGCAGUCUUCUGAUUUUGGAGAAACCGAAAGAGAAAGAGUGAGGAAAAUAUUUCGGGAAUGGAUGAACAGUGGUGUGAGAGAGUGCGCACCCAACAUUUCUCACAUUACUGAUCAUCCAAGGGCACAAUGGCUUGGGGAAACUGAGCAGGAGAGGGUUAGAAUAAUAAGGGAGUGGGUACAGAUAAAUAGUCAGACAGGUCCUUGUGGUGACCGCAGAGAAGAGCAGGCUGCUGAAAUUGGUGCUCAAAUUGAACGAGUGCGCGAUGGCUUGCUUGUGAAUGAAAAUGAAGUCCGAGUUGACAAUAUCAGGCGAGGCAUUCGUAGAGUAUGCGGCAGACAGGUUCUACUUGACAUGUUGAAGAAAUCAGAGAGAGAAAGGCAAAGAGAGAUCCAGGGAUUAUUGCAGCAGCAGCCGGUUUCGCAGUUUGCUCAUCGCAACCGCAUUCAGUCAUUGCUUAGGGGUAGAUUUUUGCGAAAUGAGAGGACACUGAAUGAAGGAACCAGUUCCCUGGCGGCUAGCGAACUAGGAUUAUUAAGGAAAAGACAGACGGUUUCUGGUCUCAGGGAAGGAUUUCUUUCUAGAUUGGACAACUCUGCCAGUGGUGAAGUGAGCGCCGACUUUGAUAGCUCUUCUAGCAAUGAAAUCAAUGAUAAUCAGCAAGGACACGGUGGCCCAAAUAAUUUGCCCAUGGUCAUGGAUGGUAAUCCUGAAGGAACUCGGCCUUCAAAUGCUGAAAGAAAUACCCAUGAGUUGUCACAUGGUAGAGAUAAUUCAGGAUCCGUUAAUCAAGAAAUUGGAUCCGUGGAUGUUGCUGAAGAAAGGCAGGUUGAAGUGCUAGCAAAUGAGUCACAAAACAGGCAACAGCCAGUUGCUGUUCAGUUGACUGAUGUGGGCGGUGGUCAGGCAGAUAGUUACUCACAUGAAAGUGGUGAUCGGUCACCAAAUGAAAUUGGGCAAAUUGAUGUCCCAGACCAUGCUUCUUCACAUCAGAUUGAUGGAGUAGAAUGUACCAUUGGCGAAGGGGCAGGAUCCGCUGCUAACACUGAAGGAAGGCCAGAGGAAGGGCUUGUAAAUGAAUUCAGGAAUAGUCAAAUGUCAAUUGUUGCUGGAUCGACUGAUAUGGUUGAUGGAGAGGUCAAUGAAAGUAGUGACGGACCGUCUAGAGAUUUGCAGAUUGAAUCUAGAGAACCUGCUCCUUCGGAUCAAGUAAGCGAAGUACUGUAUUGUCAUUCUGAGACGGUAAGAGAGGGAAACUCUGUCCAUUCUUUAUUGGAAGAGACAAGUUCUUUUGAUGAAAAUGCUGCUGAAAAUGUAAGAUGGCGAGUUUCAGCCAUCCAAGUUCAAGAUUGGCAAGAAAGCCGCUCGGGAAAUGAAGGGAGGGAUCUCCAUGAAGCAGGUGCCCAAUCUAAUGGACAAAUUGGCAGUGUUGGUGAGGUUUUUGAUGAAACUCCCUCAGAAACCACUGUUAAUGAAUGGUCGCAAGACCGAGAUGCAAAUGAGGACAUGGAAGGUAGCCCUCGAAUGGAGUAUGAGGUUGAAAAUGGGAUCCAUGGUGUCCAAGAGGAUGGGCAGAGUUGGUCUGAAGGUCAUUCUGAGCAGGGAGAUGUUUCCAGCGGAAGAGUUGGCACAUUUUAUUUGCCAGAUGAUGAUAAUGUGUAUAGCACGGAACUCAGGGAACUUCUGAGUAGGAGGAGUGUAUCUAAUCUUCUUCACAGUCGAUUUCGUGAGAGUCUUGACCAACUGAUACAAUCAUAUGUAGAAAGGCAAGGUCAAGCUUCUGCAGAUUGGGAGUUGCAGGGUACAUCUCCUACUCCCCCUGCAACUGCAGAGGAGGAGUUUGAGCAGAUGAGUAGAGAAAAUGAUGCUCAAAUGGAUGCUGUUGAGAACCCCUCAUUUUCUCUACCACCAUUUCCAUCACCCUCAAUUCAGUCACGCUGGGACGAGGACUUGCACCAUGAUGGUUGGCCACAGCAUGACAUUCAUCAACACCUGGGAGUUGAAUGGGACAUCAUCAAUGAUUUGAGGGUGGAUAUGGCUCGGCUUCAGCAGCGGAUGAAUAAUAUGCAAAGGAUGCUUGAGGCUUGCAUGGACAUGCAACUUGAGUUGCAACGUUCAAUUAAGCAAGAAGUGUCAGCUGCUCUAAAUCGCCCAGCGGGCUCACAAGGUGCAUGUGAAGGCGGUCUCAUGAAUGACGAAUCUAGGUGGGAUUCUGUGAGAAAAGGAAUUUGCUGUGAAUGUCGCGACAACAACAUCGAUUCUUUAUUGUACAGAUGUGGUCACAUGUGCACAUGUUCCAAAUGCGCGAAUGACUUAGUUCAGGGUCAAGGGAAGUGCCCAAUGUGCCGGGCACCUGUUGUUGAGGUUAUACGUGCUUAUUUUAUUUCAUAGCUGUAAGGGAAGGGAGGGAAAUAUCACAUUACUGACAACUACAUUGCUCACGCCUGCUCAAGACUCCUUCAGGUUUACAAGAACCCGAGUUUGAUGCCCGCCAGACAGGGUGAGGGUUGUGAUAGUCCUGUAGUUCAAUGUCUUCUUUGGCUUCACACUUCUAUCUCCGGUCGAUGCCACGUGUCUUCCGAGCAACGGUUGGGUUCAGUACAGAGAACCAAAAAGAAAAAAAAUUGGCUGUAGUCUGUAAAAAGGUGGAGCGUGCAAGCAUUAAUUCCCAAAUAAGAAUAGAAUUGAUUUUGCCCCCCACCUUUUCAAGCUAUUUUUUUGAACAUUAUUUGUGACUCUGUCACGAAAGGAAUGUAUUAUAACUUAUGAGGGUGUUGACAAGA